AUGCCCAGUUUCUCCGUCAACAAUUGCUCCAACCACUUCCACUGCGACAACAACUUCCACAAGUGUUCCUACUACAUCUACCCCAAGAUGCCCAGUAACAACUUCCACAAUUCCUCCAACCACUUCCACGGCGACAACAUCUUCCACAAGUACUCCUACUACUUCCACCCCACGAUGCCCAGUAUCAACGUCAACAAUUGCUCCAACCACUUCCACUGCGACAACAACUGCCACAAGUACUCCUACUACUUCCACCCCUCGAUGCCCAGUAUCGACGUCAACAAUUGCUCCAACCACUUCCACUACAACAACAACUUCCACAAGUGCUCCUACUACAUCUACCCAAAGAUGCCCAGUAACAACUUCCACAAUUCCUUCAACCACUUCCACUGCGACAACAUCUACCACAAGUACUCCAACUACUUCUACCCCAAGAUGCCCAGUUACAACGCCCACAAGUGCUCCAACCACUUCCACUGCGACAACAACUGCCACAAGUACUCCUACUACUUCCACCCCUCGAUGCCCAGUAUCGACGUCAACAAUUGCUCCAACCACUUCCACUACGACAACAACUUCCACAAGUGUUCCUACUACAUCUACCCAAAGAUGCCCAGUAACAACUUCCACAAUUGCUUCAACCACUUCCACUGCGACAACAUCUACCACAAGUACUCCAACUACUUCUACCCCAAGAUGCCCAGUUACAACGCCCACAAGUGCUCCAACCACUUCCACUGCGACAACAACUGCCACAAGUACUCCUACUACUUCCACCCCUCGAUGCCCAGUAUCGACGUCAACAAUUGCUCCAACCACUUCCACUACAACAACAACUUCCACAAGUGUUCCUACUACAUCUACCCAAAGAUGCCCAGUAACAACUUCCACAAUUGCUUCAACCACUUCCACUGCGACAACAUCUACCACAAGUACUCCAACUACUUCUACCCCAAGAUGCCCAGUUACAACGCCCACAAGUGCUCCAACCACUUCCACUGCGACAACAACUGUCACAAGUACUCCUACUACUUCUACCCCAAGAUGCCCUGUUACAACGCCCACAAGUGCUCCGACCACUACCACUGCGUCUACAACUUCCACAAGUACUCCUACUACUUCCACCCCACGAUGCCCAGUAUCGACGUCAACAAUUGCUCCAACCACUUCCACUACGACUACAACUUCCACAAGUGUUCCUACUACAUCUACCCAAAGAUGCCCAGUAACAACUUCCACAAUUGCUUCAACCACUACCACUGCGACAACAUCUACCACAAGUACUCCAACUACUUCUACCGCAAGAUGCCCAGUUACAACGUCCACAAGUGCUCCAACCACUACCACUGCGACAACAACUUCCACAAGUAG